AUGCAAGCCGAUUGGAUUGUGGUGAUGGAUGAUGGCAAGAUUGUUGAGCAGGGGCAACAUGAUGUUUUGGCCAACCAAGUUGUUUGGCGGCAUCAAGCCACAGUUGAGCGUAACCACAGUGCUGAUAAUUUUCAAACCAUGGACCACCUUCGGUAUAGUGCAGGACCUUUGGGUAGCCGUCUUGAGGUUCGUGAUACCAGUCUACCAGCCAAUUCCAUGGGCGAGCUGUUCGAGCAAGCGUUGAUAGACAUGACAUUGCUCUUCCUGCGUUUGGAGGAGUUGGCUGCGGCGCAAGUCUUGGGUGAGCCUGAUAUUGCACGUGUACCCUUGAUGAUUGACUCUUCCAAGUGGGAGGUUAUUGAGGCAGGGCUGCAAUGUAUUCAAGGUAAAGGCAUUGUUAACUCCAUUUCCCUCAAAGAAGGGCAAGACAAAUUCAUCGAGCAAGCCAAACGGAUCAAACGCUACGGAGCAGCAACCGUGGUCAUGGCUUUUGACGAGGCUGGUCAAGCCGAUACCUAUCAACGAAAAAUUGAGAUUUGUGAACGUUCUUAUCGCAUCCUUGUCGAUGAUGCAGGGGCAUACGGCCCGCACCUGGUUAUCCUGCUUGUCCUGAUCAUCAUGUGA